CGCUCACGGAACACCAGCGGAACGGAGCACGCUGCUCGUGGAGGAACGAUCGACGUGCCGGCCCGCGGAACAUUGCGCCGCUAUUCGUUCUAUGCGUCUUAGCGAUCGGGAUUGAACAGCGCGGCUUAAAAGGAUCGAGCGGAAAUCGUUGCAAAAACGCGAAUUAAACUUAAAGCAGAGAUAGCAGACGAGGCGUGUAGAUCGCGCACAUAUACACGUUCAUAGAAGUGCAGUCUGAGAAUCGGUUCUUCGAACGUUCCAAGUUCUCUUUUCUCGUAGCGGUGACUCGGUGGCGAAUCUCGUUAACGCGAAAGUUUGUGUCUAUGAGUCGGUUAUAACAUCAAGAACGCCUCGUUUGAUACUUGAAACGCGAUAUUCCGCAGACUUCACCAGCAACACAUACACAGAAAAAGAAGCCUGGUUGUAUUAAAGGGUUACAGAAGUAAAAAUUAGAUUUUACCUAAUUCUUACUCAGGAUUCUCUGUAAUCUUUUAAUAUUAGAGUGUUGGGCACUAAUCGAUUAAAAUUUUCAUAGACAAUAAGGGACAAAGAUAAUAUGAUUAGCUCGCACAUCAAUCUGGUUAUAUCAACCAGAUUAGUAGUAAAAUAGAGUAAUAAAAAUUGUGUAAUUGCUACAAUAACAGAGCAAUUGCUGAGUUUUAUCUAGCGACAUCGUUCUCCCUCUCUCUCUCUCUCUCUCUCUCUCUCUCUCUCUCUCUCUUUCUCUCUGUCUCUCUUUCUCUCUUUCUCUCUGUCUCUCUUUCUCUCUGUCUCUCCUUCUCUCUGUCUCUCCUCUUAAUUCAAUCACGUUUUUUUAUACGUUUUUUUACGUAGCAAGAAAUCGUUAAGGCGACCAGGUACACGUAUAUCGCGUAUAAUAAAGCGACGGUAUCCCGUCGGGUUUAGCGGUACGAGCGAGAGAAAUCCGACGAACACGGGCAGGUGCCGUGCGCGUCGAUCGAUCCCGCGUGUCCCGCUUAAGUGGAGGACGUCGUUUUGGUGAAACCACAUGGAGGGUGAUCAGACCCAGCGGACGCUAACGGAAGGAAAGUCCUUUACGGUACACGGCACGGUACAUUACGCGCGGGAGCUACCAAUGAGAAGAUAAAUCGUCCGCUUCUUUCGGCCGCGUACGAAAUCAUUUCUCCUCGAAGUGGAAAUUCGCGACAGUUACGUCGACAACGAGUCUCCAGGUUUAUUUAUCGAUUGGUGAUCGGAGCGAGUGCCCGGGGCGCCGGCUAAACGCGACAGUCGCGCGACAAAUAUCCUUCACUUCUCGAGUUUCGAAAUUCUCGCGCGAGAAACAAGGCCGCAUGUCGUCGGCGGGGAAAGAAGCUGCGCAGAACGAGAGCUGCGCGGCGAAAUUAAUGAGAGGGGCUAUGGACGGAAAGGGACAAAUUACUUUUCUGGCAGACGUUCCAUUUCACGCGCAAUUUAACCGCGCGCGAUCUCCGUAAGAGGCGUUUGCAUGAUUGCUUUGCUUGGGAUAUAGUUGAAAAGAAAACGAUCAGCGCGCCGGAUCGGGGAUGCCGAGGGGAUCAGACGAGCGCGCAUCGCGCCCCCGCUUUUACCUAAUCACUUUUGUGAUGGCUCGAUUAAUCUUUCUCGCCCGUGGAAAUCGGAGCGAUUGCUCGAUUCGAAGAUGUUCGCGAGACUGCAUAGCCUCCGCAUCCGAGAAACGAGAAACUCUUUCAGGACGUCGUUCAUCAAUUUCCCGCGCGUAACUAUUCAUCGCAAUCGUGAUCGCGCGUCUCUCAAUUAGCGGCAUCCCAGAAAUAUCCCGGCGUUAAGCAGAUGCCAAAGUGGACGACGGGUUCUGAAAAUGUCGGUAACGUAGAGGCAGUUGCCAAAACAUCAUGAUGCGCAUCCAGAUACGCACUAACAUAAUCGUGAUGCUCUUCGCAUUUCUUGUAGAUGUAGAUAUUGUCUUAGCUCAAUUUCACAAUCUCUCGUGAGAGUGUAGAGCGGAUUGAGAUGAACAUAAAAGUCCAAGUUCUCUAAGCUUCAAGUCGAUGUAUCAUUUAUUGAAACAUUCCAAGUUUUACAAAAUCUAAUCGAAAAGGGACGAAAUUUGACACUUUUCGUAUAUUUUUAAACUUCUAAAUUUAGUUGUGAAGGUACAGCAAUUUUCAUUGAAUUUUGUCAUUCACUGAAUGUCACAGACAUUGAGUUUUUCUUGAGCAAAGUAAACAACUCGCAUUCGGUAUGUAGGAGCUGCAGAAUGUUUGUAUCAGGCAAACAUUUGCGCCAACUGACAGCUCGAGAUGUCAAUUUAGAAAUUUUUUAUCGUUCACGUCACAUAUUGAGCAAUACUCUAAUUCAUUAUUAUAUGUACUUUUACUACGUAAGAACAUCGAUAAUUUUGUGCAACUAAUACGACGUAAACUUCGCUGAAAAGAGUCAGUAUUUUUGUCAGUGAAGUUUCCAACUAUGGCAUUCCCUUAAUGACGACCAUCGAACGAAGGGGUGGGAAAGUACCAACGUCCAAGUAUAUCUAUCUGAUUUUCGCUCGUUCUUUCGUUACACGCAAGCGGGGGCAGCCAUGAGCGCUAAUUAUCGCGUGGCCGACUCUGCAAAGGUGGGCGCGAUCACGAGAUUAGUCGAACUCCUCGCCACGAUAGGGUCGUUUCUUCUGAUAAUGAUUACACUGCCGUUCUCCCUCUGCUGUUUGUUCAAAGUCGUCCAAGAGUACGAGAGGGCCGUCGUUUUCCGGAUGGGUCGCUUGAAAGGCGGAUCUCACGGCCCAGGCACAUUCGUCGUCAUGCCGUGCAUCGAUCACUGCGUGCGCGUCGAUCUCAGGACAGUAUCUUUCGACGUGCCGCCGCAGGAAGUGCUUACCAAAGAUUCUGUAACCGUGAGCGUUGACGCGGUCGUCUACUACCGCAUCCAGGAGCCCUUGAACGCCGUGAUUAAAAUCGCAAACUACAGCCAUUCGACGCGGUUACUGGCCGCGAGUACGCUGCGAACGGUCCUUGGCACGAGGAAUCUCGCCGAGAUCCUGUCGGAGCGAGAGACCAUUUCCCACACUAUGCAGACCGCCCUGGACGAGGCAACGGAUCCUUGGGGAGUCAAAGUCGAGCGGGUCGAGAUAAAGGAUGUCCGACUUCCGGUGCAGCUCCAACGAGCCAUGGCCACGGAGGCGGAAGCUGCGAGGGAGGCGAGGGCCAAAGUGAUUGCGGCGGAAGGAGAAAUGCGAGCUUCCCAUUCCCUGAAAGAGGCCGGCGACGUCAUUUCCACGAGUCCCGUCGCCCUGCAGCUGCGAUACCUGCAAACCCUAAACAAUGUGUGCGGCGAGAGGAACUCGACGAUCAUAUUCCCGUUGCCGAUUGAAUUCCUGGCGCCUCCGCUCGCCCCCACCUCGCACGGCGGCAAUCAGGAAACUGCGCGGUCCACGCUCUCAUAGGGGCGAAGGGUAAACAUUAAAAAUUGCGAUCACGGUUUCACGACUGAUUCGUGUAAACUGAGGCGAUCGCAGCUGCGAUUGCACGACGCGCGCGCGGGCGCGAGAAAGGGACGCAUGAUAUGUUGCUUCUGCUAUGAUUGAACGAUACAACAGGGGAAGGGAAUAGAAAGAGAGAAAGAGAAAGAAAGAAAUAUAUAUAAAAUAAAGAUUGAAUAACAAGCCCGUUGUUAUUUCGUUAAAAUUUGUACCAAUCAUUUCUGUACACAUACACAAUUGUCCCCGCAACCGUCAUGUUACACGCUUUACAUUUGGAAAGCUUCAAUUAAAAAGUUAAUUUUAUGUAAAUUAAAAUUGUAUACCGAUAAAUUGCUGUUGCCUUGUUUUUAGAGUGAAAUGGUAGAUACUGAUUUCACACGGACGGUCAUAAAUCAAUACUAAAAAUCCUUCAAAUUGCGGUGAAAUCAUGAAAGGUGCGAGAAACAAUGAGACUGUUUAGUCUUUGCUUUAGCGUGGUCAAACGAGGGACUUAUUGAUUGCAGGAUUGACUUUGGCGCGCUGUUAAGACUAGUCGACAGAUCACUUUAUAUUGUCAUAUUUGAUCCAAUAAAGGAUGGCACCGAAAUGAUUAUAGAUGAUAAAGAUAAAGAUUUGGUCAAACUCGCGCUAUCUCUACAUUAGGCCACAUACUUUUAAAACGAUAUCUAUCCCUCUGAUGUGACGUGUAUCUAUCCCUCUGAUUAGUAAUUUUAAAUCCCGAUUCACAAAACUGACAGUCGUUCGAUUCCAAUAUUAUUUCUCUUUUUCUUUUUAAAAAUUCAACGACAUGUCGCAGUAUCUCCAGCUUUCCCUGUGGAAUUGAAUGGCUGUAUGACACACUGUGUUUCUACUUUUUCAUCCUAUUUUUAAUUAAUUUUUUAUUUAAUAAUAAUUUUUGUCCCAUACAAAUCUCUUUUUUCCAAUUUUAUGUAGAAAAGUAACCAACAGAAACAAUUUUUAAAUUAACAUCCUCAACUAUUCGUCACGGCAAUUUCUAACAAAUUCAAUUCGAUUCUACUAUUAUUUGAGUGAACAAAUGUGAGAAAUGUCGACUCGACACGUCAAGACAAACAUCGUAUACUGCAAACCGGAAAAAUUACUCCCACAUAAUAUACUUACGACCCGUCCCGAUGAUCGCACAUCGCUGUUUUAGACACUCCCGAUACUUAUUUUUGCACGAGACUUAACUUACGAUACAACAAACGUGUAAGAACGUGUUUUCUGGUAAAUAUUGAUUAAUAUAAGAAACGCGAGUAGUUAGAAACGAAUGUGCUAGUCGAAAUAUUCAGUCAAUCAUCGAUCUAUCGAACAGAUCAAACCAUCACGUGAAUCGAUUUAUCGAAUGGUAAGGCAGUUGCGGAACUGACCGACCGAGGGCGUUGUUGUAGCAGCGCGACACGAUCGCGCGCAUUUUCGGCGUACGUCAUCCAUUUUGCGGUUGUGUUCGAUCUUCUCGCGUCGGGCAACCGCCGAAAGUGAGUCUCCUGCAGAAAUGAGUGUCGGGAGCGUCGAAACUAGCGAUGUGCGAUCGUCAGGAGAUAUCCUGAGUAUCUUAUUAACCUAUUAAGGCCCAAGAGAAAACCGCUAAGGAUAGGCUUUCAAAAACUAUCUAAAUUAGGGUAAAACGUCGAAAUUUGUUAAAAAGUGAAAAAAAAAGUUGUGUUGGAUUUCAACAUUCAAGAUGACGGACCAAUAUGUCGGCCCGAAAAUUUGAAAUUUUGACCUAUUUAAGUGAAAAUCCGUAUAGGGGGGGUUUUGAGUUCGCUGAGUAUCAACAUCUCUCCACAAUUUACGCGUCUGUUGUCUGUCACAGGUGAGUCUCGUAUGGAAAUGAGUGCCAGAAGUGCUGAAAGUAACAAUGUGCGUUCGUCAGGAGAUAUCGUGAGUGUACUUUAUUAAUGAAUAAUCUCCUCGUUUUUCGAUGCAUACCAUCGGUGCUUGUCGCGACGUGCCGAGUCGGUGUCUUUCACACUUGUUAUUAUCACUUCACUCAAGUGGCAGUAAAAUCGAAUCGAUCAAUCCGAUCGUCGGAUUGAUAAAUCGGAAAUUAGAAAUGCAGUGGUAAUUAGAGGGAAAGACAAACGGCAGUAGAGCAGAAUAUUGCAACUUUUCUCUUACGCAUAGAAAAAUACAUGUUGUAUUUAAGUGAAUGUUAUUUAUUUCAAGUACUUCAUACACUGUAAAAUAUUUGUGUAAAAUUACAUCUAUUAUAGUGGGUUGUUUUGAGGUCAAUUAUUAUAGAUGUAAAUUUACAUACGUAAUUAUCGCAUAAAAAUAUAUUUAUAUAGACGAAAGACACAUCUUGAUACGUGUAUGAAUUUACAACUAUAAUAUUUGGUCUCAUAAUUACAUGGAAUUUUACACAAAUUUUUUACAAUUUAAAUUUAUAUAUUCGCAAAUAAGCAAAUCAUAAGUUCAUCAUAAGCAUUAGUUCAAAAUACAUUCUGAAUCCUGGUAGGUUUAACAUCAAGAAUGUGAAAUUAGGACAAAUAUUCGUCGUUUUGUUACCACAUAUAGUCGAACUAACUUAUUUUUCGAUAAAGUUUUAUGAUAUAUUUAUGAAGAUGAAUUCUUUUGAAUACAUGACAAUAAGAGAGAGAGAGAGAGAGAGAGAGAGAGAGAGAGAGAGAGAGAGAGAGUGUGCGUGCGUGUGUGUGUGUGUGAGAGAGAGCGAGAGAGAGAGAGAGAAAGAGAGAGCUUUUGCCAAAUUUGUAAUGAGUGCACGGAAUUUUAUAAUAAAGAUUACUAUAGGAUUUUAUAACCGAGGAAUAGAUCGACAUUCUACAAUAAUUCAUUAUUAUUCCAUUCCAUAUGUGCUAUUUAUAUUUCAAGAACUAAAAUGUCUUGUUAAAACAUUUGCCAUAUUUCCAGUGAAAUUUCCUAUGUUUCUUAACAAAAUAGAUCUUACACAGUCAUAAUAGAUCUUAACAGUCUGUUUCUCUGAACCACUAAAAAUAUAAUAAAAUUAAAAAUAAUUUAAAUGAAUGCAAACUAUAAUAUCCUUCCCGCGCACAACUUAAGACAAUCGUCAAGAAAAUAUUCUUUGUUGAGGGUAACCAUUACUUGAAAGAAAGAAAGUAAGUAAGUAAGUAAACGGAGCAAUCGCUUUUCCUCGCAGUAGAAUGCUUUUCUCUCUGUGUACC